UUACAGAACCCGGCCAACUUCCACUCGGCGGCCACAGAGCUGCUGGACUGGUGCGGAGAUCCCCGGGCCUUCCAGCGACCUUUUGAGCAAAGCCUCAUGGGAUGUCUGACGGUGGUCAGUCGCGUGGCAGCCCAGCAGGGCUUUGACCUGGACCUGGGCUACCGGUUGCUGGCUGUGUGUGCCGCCAACAGGGACAAAUUCACCCCCAAAUCUGCCGCCCUGCUGUCGUCGUGGUGCGAGGAGCUGGGUCGACUGCUCCUGCUGCGUCACCAGAAGAACAGGCAGAACGAGUCGCAGGGGAAAGUGUCCAUGCAGCCCAGCAUGAACAGCAUGAAGGCCGGCCUCACGCACAGCGAUGGCUCCUUUCCCUACGACGCCGUCCCCUGGCAACAAAACACUAACCAGCCCCCUGGGUCAUUGUCUGUAGUUACAACAGUGUGGGGCGUCACCAAUACAUCACAGAGUCAGGUUCUGGGGAACCCGAUGGUGAACAGCAAUAACCCCAUGAACCACGGGGGUAACCCCAUGGCGUCGGGGAUGUCGACCGGCGCGGCGGGGCUCAACUCGCCGCAGUUUGCCGCCCAGCAGCAGCAGUUCCCCAGCAAAGGAGGCUCCAGCCAGCAGUACAUUCAGCAGGGGAUGUACAGCAGACCCGGAUACCCUGGAGGCCCCGGGGGAUACAGUGGCAGUUACUCCGGAGGACCCAAUCCGCCCCCUGGAGGUAUGGGCAUGACCUCGCAUUCACGCCCGACCGGCGACUUCACCCAGCCCGCUGCCGCCGCCGCUGCAGCUGCCGUCGCGGCCGCAGCCGCUACGGCCACCGCCACGGCGACGGCCACUGUGGCGGCGAUGCAGGAGACGCAGAACAAAGACAUGAACCAGUAUGGACAGAUGUGUUCCUCCUUCCAAAUGGGCCCGGCUCAGGCCUACAACAGUCAGUUCAUGAACCAGCCGGGACCACGAGGCCCGCCCGGAGGUAUGAAUCCGGCCAGCAUGGGUUCAGGCAUGAACAACCCAAACAUGGGCGGACCUCCCAUGGGCAUGAGCCAGUCCCGUACUCCCGGCAUGGGACCCUUCGGGGGCCACGGCCAGCGGAUGCCCCAGCAAGGGUACCCCGGAGGACCCCGGCAAGGCAUGCCCAUGCAGGGGAUGAAGAGACCGUAUCCCGGGGAGGUGAGUGGACCACGUCACGCGGAGUUACCCGCGCCAGGUCAGCCCGCGCUCAUUGCUUCGAUGUUCCUUCCGGAGGCGGGCUACGGAGGUCAAUACGGGCCGAGCAGUCAGUUCCCGCCCCAGCAGGGGCAGUACCCCACUCCCAACGCCUCCAGGCCGCUGCCUUCACCCAACUACCCAGGGCAGAGGAUGCCAGGGCAGCCGGGGCAAGGACAGUACCCACCUGGCAUGCCCAUGGGCCAGUACUACAAGCAAGAGCCCUUCAACGGGCAGAGCACCACCUUCUCAGGUGGUGGCUACUCAUACGGCCAAGGGAAUGGGCCCCCCAGGCCUGGCAACUACCCCCACUCCCCAGUACCUGGAAACCCCACGCCCCCAAUGACGCCCGGAAGUAGCAUUCCUCCGUACCUCUCGCCAAACCAGGAUGUGAAGCCGCCGUUCCCACCUGACAUGAAACCAAAUAUGACAGCACUUCCUCCCCCUCCAUCUAACCCCAACGAGGAGCUGCGGCUGACCUUCCCAGUCAGAGACGGCGUCGUGCUGGAGCCCUUCCGCUUGGAGCACAACCUGGCCGUCAGCAACCACGUCUUCCACCUCCGACCCUCCGUCCACCAGACCCUCAUGUGGAGGUCAGACCUGGAGCUGCAGUUCAAGUGCUACCACCACGAAGACCGGCAGAUGAACACCAACUGGCCGGCGUCCGUCCAGGUCAGCGUCAACGCCACGCCCCUCACCAUCGAGAGGGGCGACAACAAGACCUCCCACAAGCCCUUGCACCUGAAGCACGUGUGCCAGCCGGGCAGGAACACCAUCCAGAUCACCGUCACCGCCUGUUGCUGCUCGCAUCUGUUCGUGCUGCAGCUGGUCCACAGGCCAUCUGUGCGCUCCGUCCUCCAGGGGCUGCUGAAGAAGAGGCUCCUUCCCGCGGAACACUGCAUCACCAAAGUUAAGAGGAACUUCAGCAGCGUGGCGGCCUCGGCGGGCAGCACCACCCUCAACGGGGAGGACGGCGUGGAGCAGACGGCCAUUAAAGUGUCGCUUAAGUGUCCCAUCACCUUCAGACGCAUCCAGCUCCCCGCGCGGGGCCACGACUGCAAACACGUGCAGUGCUUCGAUCUGGAGUCCUACCUGCAGCUGAACUGUGAGAGGGGAACAUGGAGAUGUCCUGUAUGCAAUAAAACCGCAUUACUAGAAGGUCUAGAAGUGGAUCAGUACAUGUGGGGGAUCCUCAACGCCAUCCAAAAUUCGGAGUUCGAGGAGGUGACCAUCGACCCGACAUGCAGCUGGCGGCCCGUGCCCAUUAAGUCGGAGCUGCACAUCAAGGAGGACCCCGACGGACCGCUCGCCAAGCGCUUUAAGACCAUGAGCCCCAGUCAGAUGACCAUGCCCAACGUGAUGGAGAUGAUCGCCCAGCUGGGGCCUGGACCCGGGCCAGGACCCGGCCACGGCCCUGGGCCCGGUCCCGGCCCUUAUCCCCUGCAUCCGAGUCAACAUGCCAGUGGAAAUGGGGGAGAGUACCCAGUAGCAGGCAACACCUACCACAGUCAAGGGAACUUUGACUUCCCUCACGGGAACCCCUCUGGAGGCGGCGGAGGAGGAGGAGGAGGAGGAGGAGGAGGAGGAGGAGGAGGAGGGCCACUUAUGAGCGACUUCAUCCACGGGCCGCAGCUCUCCCACCCGCCAGACGCGGGGCCUGGCGGCCUCAUGUCGCAGGACAAGCCCCUCAACCACGGCAUGAGCGACGCUAUGUCCCAUCCUGAUCAUAGCUCCAUGCAGCCCAGCUUGCAUGCUUCUCCCCACCCCGGCGGCCAAUCGGGGCCCUCCUUGCAUCACGGCGGCGGCGGUGGUGGUGGUGGUGGUGGCCAAUCGGGGCCGCCGUUGCAUCACGGCGGCGGCGUUGGUGGCGGCGGCGGUGUCCAACCAUCGCAGCCACCUCGCCCGUCCCAGCCUCAGCCGCCCGUGCAGAACGCUCACCCGCACGGCGAGCUGACCUUUAACCCCUCGUCAGACGGCCAGGACAUGCCCGAACCUUCGCUGGAUCUUCUUCCAGAGCUGGCCAACCCGGACGAGCUGCUGUCCUACCUGGAUCCUCCCGAUCUUCCGGCCAACAGCAACGACGACCUCCUCUCGCUCUUUGAGAACAACUAAGUCCUCCCCCCUUUUUUUUUGUUCCCCGAGCUAACCUCACACACGGGAGUGCGGGGAGGUGGGGGCGCGUCUGACUGUCCCGGUCCGCAGACGCGACCUCGCUGACCGUACGCCGCCCCCCAAUGCGCAGCACACGUGCACAGUCUUUCUUUACGGAUACCGAAAAACGUGCUGCAUGGGCGCGGGACUGAAAGGGAGAAAACAUCCCUGCACAUCUUUUUUUUUUUUUUUUUUUUUUUGAGGAGUGUGUGUGUGCGUGUGUGUAUGUAUGUAAAGAUUCCACCAACAGCAUCGACGGCCAUGUUGGCGGGCACAAAGCGACAUAUGUAUAUACACGUGUACGACACCCCGUGUGACUUAUCAAGUGACAACUGUGCAGCUAUCAUCAUCAUCAUCAUUAUCAUCAUCGACAGAGAGAGAGUGGGCGAGGAAUAUGUUUGCUUUUAUACGAUAUAAGCAUGAUUUGGCUUUUGUGGGUUUAAAAAAAAAAAACUAAACCCGGGAGGGAAUCUACGGAGCCCCUAAAGGGACAUGGGGGGCGGAAAAAAUUUAGUAUUUUUUUAUUUAUUUUAUUUU